AUGGAAGAAGAGCUAUAUUGUGCAAUUAUGGACUUUAGAGGAAACAAUCAUUUGAUUCCAAUGAAUAUCAAGGGGACUUUCAGUAAUUUAGUGGCCGAGGUGCAAAGUAGAAUUGCUUUUUUUUCAAGCCCAGUGAAGCUGACUUAUGAAGUCCCAUAUACAGAAGAAUUGUUUGUACGUGUCCAUGAUGACGUCGAUUUGUCAACAAUGUUCGAUGUACAUCUAAGUUGCAAGAAGAAGAUAGUUAAGAUGCAUGUUGACAUAGAUCGAGAUACAUUAUUUGGUCUAGAGGAAAACACCAUUCACAUAAGGAAUCCUACCAUAUCUCUUUCGGAACAACAUGCAUCCUCGACGCAUAAUCUAUCCAAUUCAGAAAAUGCAUUACGUGAAGUUGAGAGAUCUAGUAUUCAGAUUCCUAUUUCAUGGUAUCAUGCCAUUAGAAGUGUCGGACAAGAAUUUAAUGAUGUUGAACAUCUAAGGCAAAGUCUUGGAAAUUACUCAAUUGCUCUCGGUUUUAACUUUGCUUAUUUGAAAAAUGAACCUAGAAGAUUGAUAGUAAAAUGCAAAGGUGCUGACUGUGAAUGGAUGGUCCAUUGUAACCGUCGUACAGACUGCAAACGGUUUUACGUGAAGAAAAUUGGUCGUGCACAUAGUUGUCUCGGAGGAGGCAUAGGAGAGAAGGGACAUCCACGGGCAUCUCGUAAGUGGGUUGCAAAUAUUGUGAAAUCCAUACUAAAAGAACAACCCACCUACCGCGCAAUUGAUCUUAAAAAGAAGCUUCUGAGAGAGUUUGGCGUUGAUAUCCCCUAUGGAAGAGCUUGGUGUGGGAAAGAGCUUGCUCAACAGGAGUUAUAUGGGUAUGCAAAACAUUCAUAUGAACAAUUUAGAUGGUACAAGGAUAAAGGUUUUGUCGAGGGAUGUAGACCAAUUUUAUUCUUGGAUGGCACCCAUCUUUUUGAUAGGUACAAGGGAACUCUACUUGCUGCUACUGCUUUGAAUGGAGAUGGAGGAAUGUUUCCUGUCGCUCUUUGUAUUUGUGGAACCGAGAAUGAGAGCAAUUGGGAGUGGUUCCUUGAAUGCAUUCGUGACGUAUUGUACAAUUCAGAUGAUCCAUAUACUCCGAAUGAUGAGCUGGUUAUAAUCUCUGAUCGAGACAAAGGACUUCAAAAUUCCGUCAAGAAUUGCUUCCCUUGUUCAUAUCACAGUUAUUGCAUCCGCCAUUUAAUGGCCAAUUAUAAGAACAACUUGUCAAAGAAAAGGUUACCAGCACCACUUAGGGAUGAUUGUGUUCAAAUUAUGAAGAGAGCUGCCUAUGCCUACACAAUGCAUGCUUAUCAUAAUGAAUACAACGAGCUCCAGAAUAAGUCAUCUAUUGCUUUCAUUGAAAUGCUGAAUAUGAGCCCACAGAACUGGGCUAAUUGUUAUUUUCCUGGAAAGAGGUAUGGGUGGUUAACCUCAAAUCUAGCUGAGUCCUUCAACGCAUGGAUUAAGGAAGCCCGAUUUUUACCGAUAGCGCAGUUGGUUGAUCACAUCCGGGUGAAGAUGAUGAAAAUGAGCUACGAUAGACGUGAGGAAUCCAACAAAUGGGCUACACCACUUGUUCCUAGUGUAGAGGAGCAUCUUGUCCUGAUCAACGAGGGUGCACGUUGUCUUCAUGUAAAUCCUUCUACGUCGAUUCUGUAUGAAGUAUAUGAUUCCCCAUCUGUUAGAGUGAAUUUGGAGUACUGCACGUGUACUUGUCGCCAAUGGCAAGUUCUUGGACUACCUUGCAAGCAUGCGGCCGCCGUAAUCAGGCACAAAGAUCAGCUAUUGUAUCCAUAUAUUUCUGACUAUUUCAGCAUGGAGGUGUACCGCAAGUGUCACUCCUUUCCCAUAUAUCCAAUUCCUGAUGAUGAGAAGCCAAUUAUAACGGAUGAGAAUAUGGAGAUUAGACCUCCAUUAACCUCGAUUCGUAGAGGAAGGCCAAAAACAAAGCGGAUCCCUUCUGGACUAAAUCCUUCUAGAAUGUUGAAGUGUAGCCGAUUUAAUGUUAUUGUUAUAUCUGGUUGGUAUACAUUACUCAAAACCUUUGAUGUUAUCUUAUCAAGUAUUUGCAUUACGGUGGAUGAUUGGUGCUAUACUUUCUCAUAA